CGCUGCCAGUCAGUGGCUGGCGCUGAGGCGCGGCUCGCUCCUUCUUUCGCCGCGCCCGUGGAGAAUGGGCGGCAAAAGCGUGUGCGGACGGGAAAUGUCAAUCCCCCCUCCUCCGUGCCAGUCUUGUUGUGCAAUGCACAAACAUAACAAAAAUAAAAUAAAAUACCCAAUUAUUUUCCUCUUUCCCCCAGUUUAGGACAGGUUUCCAGGCCCUUCUGUUUUACUGCUUCCCCCUUCAUGAGACAUAUAAUCACACCCAAAUCUCUGUGGGGCUCAGAGUCGUGUAAAGCCCUGGCAAGUUCAAAAAAGACCACAAACAAGGGUCUUCGUGGGACCUUUCAAGACGAAUGUGUUCUACCAUCAGACCCUGAGCCCUCAAGACUGCAGCCCACUGCCGGUAAAAGGAAUAAAACCCGCUUUUAGGGUGCUUCUUCUCACUGGAGUAGGGGACUGUGUGAAGGGAAAGAAGAAGAGAACUGCCUAAUAUACGAUUGCUUUGCUAUUUAUUAGCCACUCAACAAAGGUGUGGACAAAAGCAGCUCCUGCGUGAGAGAGAGAGAGACGCAGCAGGAACCAGGAUCCCGGGGGGUUUACACGAGCAGGGACGCAGGAGUUCAGCUAAGCAGAGGAUUCCACCUUCUUGCUGCUACUUCCGAUGGGCAAUCUCCAGCCCUGCUCCUGCUUGAAAAUCUCCCUCCUUCUUUGGCUGCUUCCGUAGCUGAGCCCGGAGCAGGCGCCACUCUUUGGAUGUUUCACUGGAGGUGUGCUUCAGCUUCUUCUUCCCUCCUCCCAGCCCCUUCCUCCUGGGAGGGAAAUCUGAUCAGGUUUCCCCCACCUUCGCCGAGGAGUGCGAGAGUUCAAGAGACAGCCUUCCCUCCCACUGGCGGGUCACACUGGUUGCAAAUCUAGCGGGGAAAGCAGCCGCCAGAAGCGGGCUCAGUUUACCUGCUGGCUCUGGAUCUCUCCAGCCUUCGCUGUGUUGAUGUUGGGGACCAGCGGGAAUCGGAUUAAGAACCCUGGCGGCGCUCAAGAGGUGUAUCUGGAGACCCAAACCUGCCCGGCGGCGUGGCCGAUCUUAAUUGCAAGGCUAUGGGAGAAAGGGACUUCUUGAGACACAAGGUCGCUUCAUCUCGCCUCCUGCUCUCUUGAGACUGAAGGACUUAUUCAAGAAUCCAGAACUUCAGGGGUAGGGGGUCUUUGCUGGGGGAGGGCGUGUGGGGAGAAGACGAAGCGAGCCGACACAGAAACCUAACCAUGCUUAAUCACCAGGGGGACCAGUUUCUGUCAUCUGUGCGGUAUGGAAGGUGCUCUCCGGGUUGUCUGCUGGUGGUUCGCUGAGAUGGAUCUGUCGCCUCCUCGUUCGGGUAUUACGAUUGUUGUGCUUUCUUCCGGCGAUGUCGCGAAGCAGCCAGCUCUGCUGCUGAAAUACUGACGCCAGGAAACUUACACACACGAACUCUCUCCCUCUCUCUGUGCGCUGGAGGUGACGGUCCAGAGGAACAUGUGUUUCGCAUUUCUGCCUGCUUGUUUUGGUGCAAUCAGUUCCUCCACGCGAUACAUCGAUUUGGGCGGCGAUUGCAAUACAGUCAUGCACAGGGAAUGCUGCCUCGGCUCUGUACGCAAAGUGAGCGCCAAUCAGAGGGACCUCGGCCGCUCCAAAGCGGGGGCUUCUGUGCCCCGAAAACUUCAGGUUGGACGCAGUGGGCGACAUCCCCAAUCCGCCGCCCUAGAGAGCGGGCCGGCCUCUCUCGGUGGCGGGGCGAGCUUCCCGCAACACGCCGGCCAAACUGGCGGGCACUCUUCGAACGGCACCGGGGCCGGUGAGGAAAUAGCGGUCCGGAAACGGCUGGAUGGAGAAAGCACUGCACGGAGGAAUAGCUGGCGAGAUCGAGCGAUGAUAAAGUUAAACUUCUGUUUCUUCUUCUGCCGGGGAUGGUGGGCGUUUCUCUUGCUUCAGCGCCACAUGUUGCAAGCGCUAGCACAAGAUGAUGUUGCACCCUACUUCAAAACAGAACCAGGUUUGCCCCAGAUUCAUCUAGAAGGAAACCGUCUCGUGCUCACAUGCUUGGCAGAAGGAAGCUGGCCUUUGGAAUUCAAGUGGCUGCAUAAUGAUAUGGAAACCACUGCCUUCUCCACUGAAUACAAGUAUGUUAUCCCCUCUUUGCAAAGAUCUGAUGCUGGCUUCUAUCAGUGUGUUGUGAGGAACAGAAUGGGGGCACUCUUGCAAAGAAAAUCCGAAGUUCAAGUGGCAUACAUGGGAAACUUCCUAGAUGCAGAGCAAAGAAAAACUGUGUCUCAAGGGCAAGCCGCUGUUCUAAACUUCCCGCACAUCACAAGCUACCCCAGACUACAAGUGACUUGGUUUAGAGAUGGGCACAAGAUUAUCCCAAGCAACAGAAUAGCCAUCACACUAGAGAACCAGUUGGUGAUCCUUGCAACAUCAGCAGCUGAUGCAGGAUGCUACUAUGUCCAGGCCGUCAAUGAAAAAAACGGAGAGAACAAGACAAGCCCAUUUAUUUACCUGAGUGUGACACGUGCUGAGGACACCUCCACCACUGUGGCUCCUGUCAUCGUGAUUCCUCCGCGCAAUACCAGUGUGGUAGCCGGGAGCAAUGAAGUAGUCUUAGAAUGUGUGGCCAAUGGCAGGCCCUCUGAGAAAUUAAGCAUAGCCUGGAAGAGGAAUGGAAUCCAAAUAACCAGUGGAGUUAGCAGUUUUGGGAGACGUCUUGCGAUUGCCAACCCAACCUCUGCUGACAUUGGAGUAUACGUCUGUGAGGCACACUUGAGAGACAACCCUGUGGAGCUGCAGAGAGCAAAAGCUUUCCUGUCUAUCCUGGAGCCGCCCUAUUUUACUGCUGAACCAGAAAGCCAGAUUUUGGCUGAAGUGGAGAAGACUGUUUGUAUCCUGUGCCAGGCAAUGGGUGUCCCACUCCCUACUCUGGUGUGGUACAAGGAUGCAGUCCCUCUCCACAAGCUGCCGAAUCCCCGUUACAAAGUUCUGCUCAAUGGGAGUCUUCAGAUCGAGAGGCUUCAGCCGGAUGAUUCGGGAAUCUUCCAGUGUUUUGCAAAGAAUGAAGCUGGGGAGGUGCAGAGCCAUACCUUUCUGGAUGUCACCAAUAUUGCACCAACGUUCUCCCAGCCGCCAGCAGACACCACGGUUACCGAAGGGAUGACGGCAGUUUUGAGAUGCAGUGUUUCGGGGGCACCAAAGCCUGCCAUUGCAUGGAAAAAGGGCAGCCAGGUUCUGGCCAGCGGCUCCAUUCAGAUCCCCAGGUUCAUCCUCCUCGAGUCUGGUGGGCUCCAGAUAACACCCGUCUCCCUCCAAGACGCUGGCAACUAUACCUGCUGUGCAGUCAACUCCGAAGGAGCUCUUAAUGCUUCUGCCGCUCUCACCGUGUGGAAUCGCACUUCUAUCGUCCGCCCUCCUGAGGACAGCACUGUUAUUAAGGGAACCACAGCUAUGUUGCUGUGUGCGGCUGCUCAUGACCCAAGAAUUUCAAUCAGGUAUGUUUGGAAGAAGGACAACGUUGUCAUAAAUCCAUCUAGCAGCUCCCGAAUCACCAUUGAGAAAGACGGGGCCCUCAUCAUUAGCCAGACGUGGUCCGGGGACAUUGGAGACUACACCUGUGAUGUCACUUCCUUCGGAGGAAACGAUUCCAGGGUGGCUCGACUGGAAGUCAUAGAGCUGCCACACCCACCCCAGAACCUUUUGGCCACCCUCAAUUCCUCCGUCAGCCGCAGCGUGAUCCUUUCCUGGGUGCGUCCUUUUGACGGCAACAGUCCUGUCCUUUACUACAUCGUGGAGCUGUCUGAGAACAAUUCUCCCUGGAAAGUGCACCUAUCUGACAUUGAUCCAAAGAUGACCACUAUCACUGUGAGUGGGUUAACACCAGCCCGCACCUACCAAUUUAGAGUGUGUGCAGUUAACCAAGUGGGCAAGGGCCAAUACAGCAUAGAAACCAGCAGGUUGAUGUUGCCUGAAGAACCGCCGAGUGCUCCACCUAAAAACAUUGUGGCGAGUGGGCGGACCAACCAGUCGAUUAUGGUGCAGUGGCAGCCUCCUCCUGAAAGUGAACAUAACGGGGUUCUCCAUGGGUACAUUCUUCGGUACCGACUGGCAGGUCUCCCCGGAGAGUACCAGUACAAGAAUAUCACGAGUGCGGAGAUUAACUACUGCGUGGUAAAAGACCUGAUCAUCUGGACCCAGUAUGAAAUCCAGGUGGCAUCCUACAAUGGAGCUGGCGUGGGAGCCUUCAGCAGAGCGGUCGCUGAAUACACUUUGCAAGGAGUGCCUACCGCACCACCGCAGAAUGUGCAAGCGGAAGCCGUGAACUCGACCACCAUCCAGUUCUCUUGGAACCCUCCUCCCCAGCAAUUCAUCAACGGGAUCAAUCAGGGAUACAAGCUCUUGGCGUGGCCGCUCGACACUCCAGAAGCUGUGACGACGGUCACGAUUACGCCAGAUUUCCAUGGCGUUCACAGCGGCUACAUCACCAACUUGGAGAAAUUCACUACGUACUACACGUCCGUUCUCUGCUUCACCACUCCAGGGGAUGGGCCACAGAGUCCACCACAGUUGCUCCAGACUCACGAAGAUAAGCCAGGAGCUGUGGGACACCUGAGUUUCAUGGAGAUUCUGGACACAUCGCUCAAGGUCAGCUGGCAAGAACCUGUCGAGAAAAAUGGCAUCAUUACAGGCUACCAAAUCUCCUGGGAGGUGUACAGCAGGAAUGAAUCUCGCCUUGCUCGCACUCUUGCGAACACAACCCUUGAGUACAAAAUUACAGGCUUGUCAUCUCUCACCACCUACACGAUAGAGGUAGCAGCGAUGACGGCCAAGGGGGCCGGCUGGGUUACUUCAUCGACCAUUUCCUCAGGCGUUCCCCCCGAGCUUCCUGGUGCUCCAUCCAAUUUGGUCAUCUCAAACAUCAGCCCUCGCACAGCUACUCUUCAGUUCCGGCCGGGAUAUGAUGGGAAAACAUCAGUCUCCAAAUGGAUAGUAGAGGGUCAGGUUGGUGUGAUAGGAGAAGAGGAGGAGUGGGUGACGCUGUGCGAGGUGGAGAAAGAGUCGGACGCUCAGAUGCUGGAGAUCCCAAACCUCACACCAUAUACUUACUACAGGUUCCGAAUGAGGCAGGCGAAUGUGGUGGGGCAGAGCCCCCUCAGCCAACCUUCCCGUGUCAUCCAGACACUCCAGGCACCCCCAGAUGUCACACCGGGGAGUGUGACUGUGCGCACGGCCAGCGAGACGAGCUUGUGGGUCCGUUGGGUGCCUCUGCCUGAUACUCAGUAUAAUGGGAAUCCUGAGUCCGUAGGCUAUAGGAUCAAAUACGGGUGUGCUGACGGGCAGUUCCCCGCGCUGACAAAGGUCAUCAGUGAUCGCCUGGAGCGAGAGCACAUCCUUGAGGAUCUGGAGGAGUGGACGGAAUAUGAGCUGCAGAUCCAAGCCUUCAAUGCCAUUGGGGCAGGCCCCUGGAGUGAGGUGGUGCGAGGGCGUACACGGGAGUCAGUCCCUUCAGCACCACCUGAGAAUGUGUUGGCCGAAGCAGUGAGUUCCACACAGAUCCUCUUGACGUGGGCCGCUGUGCCCGAAACUGAGCAGAAUGGACUCAUUCUUGGCUACAAGAUUUUGUUCAGAGCCAAGGAUGUGGAGAACAAGCUGAGCAGUCAGCUGGUGAGAGGGAACCACACCCUCUCUGUCCUCCUGGCUAGCCUGCGGAAAUACAUGCUGUACGAGAUUCAGGUGCUGGCCUUCACACGCAUAGGGGAUGGGGUCCCCAGCUCCCCUCCAGUCAUCGAGAGGACCAAGGAUGAUGCUCCAGGCCCUCCUGUGAGGCUGGUGUUUCCCGAGGUGAGGCUGGCCUCUGUGCGUAUCGUGUGGCAGCCCCCAGAAGAGCCCAACGGCAUUAUUCUUGGCUAUCAAAUUGCGUACCGCUUGGCAACCAGCAGUCCCAACAAGUUCACCACAGUGGAAGUUGGCUCUACAGUCCGACAGUUUGUGGCUACAGAUCUCCUCCCGGAGUCAGCGUACAUCUUCCGAGCCUCCGCCAAGACCCGGCAAGGUUGGGGAGAACCUCUGGAAGCCACUGUCAUCACCACGGAGAAGAGAGAACGGCCGGCACCACCCCGGGAACUGAGAGUCCCCCAGUCUGAAGUGACGUCCCGGAGUUUGCAGCUGCGCUGGGUUCCCGGAAGCGACGGGUCUUCUCCCAUACGCUACUUCACAGUGCAAAUGAAGGAGCUGCCGGAUGGCGACUGGCAAACCUAUUCUUCUUCCAUCAGCCAUGAAGCGACCUCUUGUAUCAUCGACAGGCUGAAUCCGUUUACCUCCUACAAGCUGCGCCUGAAAGCAACCAAUGAUAUUGGAGACAGCGACUUUGGUGCUGAGACAGAAGCGGUCACGACACUGCAGGACGUGCCAGGAGAACCGCCCAGUUCCGUCUUGGUGACCCCACACACGACAUCCUCUGUCCUUGUGCAGUGGCAGCCUCCCAAAGUUGAGAGCAUGAAUGGUCUCCUCUUGGGCUAUCGCAUUUAUUAUCGGGAGUUGGAAUACGAAAGUGCCGGACCAGGACCCGAGUCCAAGACUGUGAAAACCCCUUCUGCCUUACGAGCUGAGCUGACACCCCAAAGCAGCUUCAAGACAGUGAACAGCAGCUCUGUAUUAACGACGUAUGAAUUAACACAGCUGAAAAAGUACAAGAGAUAUGAAGUGGCUGUGACGGCAUAUAACAUCGUCGGGGAGAGCCCGGCCAGUGCUCCUGUAGAAGUCUUUGUCGGCGAAGCUGCUCCAGCAAUGCCUCCGCAGAAGAUCCAGGUCAACGCCCUCUCUGCAAGCCAGCUGGAAGUCGCUUGGGAACCGCCUCCCGUUGACAGCCAGAAUGGGAACAUCCAAGGCUACAAGGUUUACUACUGGGAGGUGGACAGUCGGAAUGACACAGAAAAGCUGAAAGUCCUUUUCCUCCCAGAGACAAGCGUCCGGCUGAAGAACCUGACCAGCUACACCAAAUACCUGGUCUGCAUCUCCGCUUUCAACGCAGCCGGGGACGGGCCAAAGAGCAGCCCAGAGCAGCGCAGAACACACCAGGCAGCCCCCAGCGUCCCCAGCUCCUUGACCUUCUCCGAAAUCACUUGCUCUACCCUCAAUGCUUCCUGGGGGGAGCCCGCUGCAGCCAAUGGCAUUCUGCAGGGUUAUCGGGUGAUCUACGAACCUUUGGCCCCGGUCCAAGGGGUGAGCAGAGUGGUGACUGUGGACAUCAAGGGGAACUGGCAGCGCUGGCUAAAGGUCAGGGACCUCACCAAGGGGAUGACCUACUUGUUCCGAGUGCAAGCCAGGACCAUCGCCUAUGGACCCGAGCUGCAAGCCAACGUCACAGCUGGGCCAGCAGAGGGAUCUCCUGGUUCCCCUCAGCACGUUCUGGUUUCAAAAACAGCUUCUGGAAUGACUUUGUACUGGACCGAGGGAGUUUCAGGAGACAAACCCACCACCGGCUACGUCAUAGAAACCAGACCUUCAGAUGAAGGCCUCUGGGACCUCUUUGUGAAGGACAUCCCUCGCGGUGCCACUUCCUACACAGUCGGCCUGGACAAGCUGAAGCAGGGCGUGAGCUACGAGUUCCGCGUGAUGGCAGUGAAUGACUUUGGCUACGGAGAACCCAGCACUCCCUCCCUGGCAGUAUCAGCUCACACAGACUCUCCUUUCUAUGAAGAGUGGUGGUUUCUGCUGGUGAUGGCUCUCUGUAGCCUCAUCCUCAUCCUCCUCGUGGUGUUUGCAUUGAUCUUGCAUGGCCAGACCAAGAAAUACAGGAACUGCAGCACGGGAGAGCCAGGGCAGGGCCUUUGCCUGCGCUCACUCUGUCGCCGUUUGUCCUCAGGAAAGAGCAUCUCCAAUGUGGAGGAGUCUGUCACACUGGAUAAUGGGGGCUUUACGGCCCUGGAGCUCAACAGCCGACACCUCAAUGUCAAAAACACCUUCUCCAAGAAGAACGGGACACGGUCUCCUCCUCGGCCGAGUCCCGGAGGGCUGCACUACUCUGAUGAGGACAUCUGCAACAAGUACAAUGGAGCCGUGCUGACAGAAAGUGUCGCCCUCAACGAGAAGCCAUUGGACGUUUCCGAAUCGGAGGCCACGGAUUCAGACUACGAAGACGAGUUGCCCAAGCACUCUUUUGUGAACCAUUAUAUGAGUGACCCCACGUACUACAAUUCAUGGAAACGGCAGCAAAAGGGCACGAAGCAUCCGGCGCCGUACAGGUAUGAGGAAUGCGUAGCAAGCGAGGCGGACCCUUACUUCCAGACUGUCAUCACAACGCAGAGCUCAGGAGGGGUGUACACUCCGACAGGACAGUCUGCUCCAGGCUCACGGACUCCAGUGACAGGCUUCUCCUCCUUCGUCUGACGCUGGGGAAAAUAAACCACAACUCAAGUCGCCUGCCAAGUUCAGAACACCAACCCAACCAGAUGACUGUGUGCGCGAUAGGUGCAGUGCACUGUGGGUAACCUUCUCUUAUCAGGGUAGAAUGGAUGUAAACGUGAAUGUCUAUUUUCGCCCCCCAAGACAAUCAACACUUAACGAUAUGGAGCUGAACUUGUUGAACUUGCUUUGAUGUCUUUUUCCCCCCUAAAAGAAACCCACAAUUGAUCCAAAACUGACAAUUUUAACCACUUUGGGAUAUGAUUUAAGGAGCUUUUUUAAACAAUUGUUUUUGUAAUGCUGCUUUGGGAAGCGGUCUACCAUGGUUCCCCCAGCCACCCUUCUCAAGCAAGGCGUGCUGGCAUGGUUGUGAUGUAAUUGAAUAUGAAAACCCACCAUUUCCCAAACAUUCUCCCCUUUUCAUAUCAUGCAGGUCAAUUAGGAAAACACAAGAAAAGAGGGGAAAGCUUUGGGAAUAGCUCUUUCCUCACGGUGUUCUCUCUCCUUGCUGCUCCUGCCUUCGGAGCACCAGCUCAAUCACUUUGUCUCACUGUCAUGUCUCUCCCCAUGCCUGCAAGGUUCACUCCUGGUGGUUUUUGAUCAACUAUCUCUUCCCUUCAUUUCUAUCCAGUUCCAACUGAGCUUGUUGUGUUCCUAAAAAUAUUCCCCUCUCCAGGGUUUCUGCAAAACAAGCCAGCUUAAAAACGCCGCGGAUGGUGCUGGGUGAAACAGCUGGGGAGAGAGAGAGGCUGGUGAGCAGUCAGUUUUGCUCUCGGUUGUGGGUCCGACUCCUCCUUUUAUAGACUGCAUGUACCAAUGUCCACUGUAAAUCUAAAAGAAAAAGAAACACAACCCAGGAAGAAGGGGAUCCUUUGAAUGAAUGUUCAUGAACUGAUGGGGAGAACAGCACUUAUUUGGUUUUCAAAGGUGUCCUUCCACGUAAAGGAAACCAAUCACUAUCCCCUUUGUCUGCUAUGCUGAUGGGACGCUGUUCUGCAGCUCUGUUUUAAAAAAAAAGUUCAUGUUGUUAGCACCAGAUAUGUUUGAUUUUUUUUUAAAAGAAAAAUGUAUAUUUUUAAUGAUUUUUUUUUUAAAUACAAAGACACAUCAUA